AUGUCUCAGCUCUCAGGGAGACGAAGAGUCAGCAGCCCAGCUAUAGCUGCUCGGGCCUGGUUGGAUACCUCUUCUCCUUCGCCAUCGCAGUCCCCUGUAGCCCGCGCAGAGCUGGGCAGCAGCGGUCGGGGAACCGAAAGCCCUCAAACUUUCACUGUCCUUUCCCUCCCACACAGUAAAACGGACAGAACUAAGAGUCGUGAUGAAUCAGAGGACUGCAGGGGACGAUCUGGUAGCAGUCGACGUCAUGGCCACCGCAGAAGUCACAGUAGAUCCAGACGUGAAACACAAGACAAGCGGAAGAAGGAGGGGACUGUUCUCUGCCCCAAGAAGCGCAACCCGGAAGAACUGCAUUGCAAAAGCGCGUCUCGGCCUCCUCCUAAAAAAUUGAUGUCUCCCCGCCGCCUUCCCCCUCCAACCUUUGAAAAGAUAUUGUUGGGAUUAGUAGACGGCGACUUCACCUCGGGAAACGACGAAGUUGAUGUUUUUGGCGGCAAAGCUACUGAACAACACGAACCGGCUCCUCUUGCGCAACAAACCGACGAGGAAUGCUUUUCUGUUUCUGUUGAGCAAACCGACUCCAUACAAGGUGACGAAGUUCGCAUUUCAUCAUCUUUUAGCCCACCUUCCUCAGGUCGAUCAUCUGUAGGAAAUAGAUAUGAACAUCAUUCUCAACAAGACGGCGUUAUACCCGAACACUUUCUUUAUAUACCCCCUUUGCGUCUCUGCGGGAACGCUGCCGAGGAGAGGCGCCCCGUCCCCUCAAUGAUGCAGCCUACGGGGGACGAAGAGCAGGCUUCUGUCAGGGAAGAUAGGCGGCACAUUGCAACGCUUUUUUCGCUGGAAGCUGCAGAAUCCCAGGCACAAAAGGCUCGCCUUCAGGAGCAGCUUAGGGAAACAACUCCUUUUCGUCUGAGGGAGGUCGGCGGCUCAUCCCCCUCACAGAGUGAAGGGGUGGAGAUAAUCGGACCUCCUCCAGGAAAGUCAAAGCGUCGCGAGCGCUCCACUCUCCUGGAAACGAUUGUGAGGGAACAUGACUGGGAAUCAGGAGAACAAAUAUUUGAAGAAAACAUUCGCAUAUCUCCAGAGCAACCGCAACAAGAAGAAACCUCACAAGGCCCGGAAAUAUUACAGUGGCACUAUUUCGCCAGUGACGAAGAGCCAGAGGGAGAAAACGCAAGAAGCAAAAUUUCCGAAGCUGGAACCCACAGCCCUUGCACUAGCGAGCAUCGGAGCCCCAUGACGUUAGAUAAUGCGGCAAUUUCAGCACGAGCAGAUAAUGUGCCAGAGCUUCUUCCGGAAGAAUGCAGCAGCGAAGAGGUUCCCGGGGCAUUUGAUGCGGUAUGGGGGCGUUCUGCGAGCUCCUCUCACGCUGCACAUGAUAGUCUCAGCAAGGCAAGUAAUCAGUCAGACAACGGGGGGGACCUGCAUGAUCUGUAUAGUGCAAACGGGGCUGCUAACAGGAUGAGAAGAAUGGUAGAUUUCCUCAGCGGCACAUCUCUGCACUCUGAAGAUGGCGAGGCGGAUAAUGGGGGCACUCAUGGCACAGUGGCUGCAGAUAAGGGAUCUGAUGAUGCUUCUAGUGACGGCAAAGCGGCGGUUGAGGGCUUGUUGCCAGGUGCAAGAGCAGCAGCAGCGGAAUCAUCAGCUGUGCGUGUAGAAGGAGACCACGGAAAUGCGCCGUUGCUGCGUUUGGGAGACCCGGAGGUGUGGGAAGUUCGCUAUUCCACUGCUGACGACCUUUCUAGCACUGGUGAGGAGUCGCCUUUCAACUACAAAGGAGUCAUAUCGGCGGGGUCAGCAGUUCAAGAAGGUAAGGCCCAACGGCCUUCUGAGGAACAGAACCAAACAGUGGAGUUCGAAGAGGAACAAGAGAUGCGAGAACACGCGUACAAUACGGCACCUCGACGUUUUGAAGAAGACCAGGAAGCCUCCCCAGGGCAGUUCCCUGAAGAGCCUCCAAGCACAGCAUCUAGAGAGCAAUCAGGGGAACCCAUGCUGGACUCGACACGAAUGAGCAGCUACACCAGCACCCGGUUGCACUCCACAGGCAACUGUGAGCAACUGAGAACUGCUGCGGACGAAGCUGCAGCAGGCCCCCGUGUUACUACGGAAGUGCAACUUGCUGCUGCUGCCGAUGACACCCGACUCAGGUCCGUUCAGUCAAUGGCAAGCGAUGACGCAUCAACUGAAGCUGCAGCCGCUGGGAGGUCUUUUGCAUCCUCUCACCACAUGCGCAACUCGGCUUCUCGGAAGCGUCAGCGAACUUCAAAAGAUGACACCGCAGGGACCUCUGCGGCGUCAUCGCAUGCAGGGGAACUGGAAGCUGAAGAGUGGGCAGUAGCUCGAGAAAGCAAAUGCGUCUGCAGCAGCACAGCUCAGGUGAUGUUUAGGGAGAAUAAGAACGGACAGCGCUUUGAGGGGAGUGGAAGCGAAAAGCUGCUGCGUAACGGGUUGCAGGUGGCAUAUACACCAGAAGCGCCUGCAGGUGCAGCAAGAGCUGCAACUGAUGCUAAAGCAGAAGUCGAGGCUACUGCCGAAAAGGAGAGGUCAUGGACAAGAGAUACAGAGCCUAUUCAAAUAGUGGUCCUGAAAUCAUCCGAUGACGCCAUUACUGUCGAGGCAGACGCGUGGCAUGAGGGCAGCACAUUCCUUACCCACGACGCUGAGAACGAAGGGGUAGUAGGCCAGCAUACCAGCCGCCAGAGCAGCGCCUCCCUUGGUGACGGAGACUUCGCUGUACCCUUUCACCACUACAGCGCUUCUAUCGUGCCCUCCCGCAAUCCAGACGCGGCAACUACUCGUUCAAUUGAAGUCGUCGAGGCAAUCAGCAGAGCUAUCAGCGGGUGGGCCUUCGGUCCCCGACUGCAUCUGCUGAUACUUAGCUGCAUGUUUUUGGCUGUGUGGGCGCUGCUUCUGGUAAUAUAUCUGUUUGACGGUGGUAGAGGCCCUCGUCAAUUUGUUGGAUUUGCCGUGGCGCUCUCGUUUGUCCUCGCACUAUGCACUGGAGCUGUUCAGCUGACAGGGUCUCUCUUCAAGUGGAAAGCGCUUAAAUGCUCUCUCGACCUGGACCUUCGUGAGCGCAUCCUUUUGUCGUUGAAAGUACUGCGGCCAGAAGAAGAAGUGUUUCAUCAAGCUGAUGGCACGAGAGAAUGCGGGAAGUUGCUCCAGCUCCUGUGCAACUCCUUCGUUGACUUACUAACGCACGGUUCUCCAGGACUGGAUGUUGGCCGCACCAUGGGACGGCGUUUUAUUGCAGUGAAUACUGUCGCGGGUCUCGGGGCCGCUGCCUUUAUUGCUGGCCUUGUGUGCAACGGACAAGCAACGGAUGCCUCACAUCGCCUUCAAAUUCAGACAGCAGAUGCUGUGGCAGUCGUUGCGGCUUUCCUGUAUUCCAUUUUGCUGCUUUCACUUUCAUAUUAUUUGGCAACGCCGCCGACUCCAGCUGCCGUGAGACGGUCUGUUGAAAUGCAUUCGGCAUUUCAGUAUCUGUGGACCCUUAAACUGGCAGACUUUCUCCUCGACAGAAGCGCCGUGACUCCAAGGUCCGUGCAGGAUCUUCAUUUACCUUCGAUAGAUACCCGUCGUUCUUGCGCCUUCGCUUCCACCUUAAGUCCUCGUCUGUUUAAACAAAAAAACGAGCCAGAUGCAAUUUCCUUCCAUACAACUUCAAAUUCAUCCCAAAGCAAAUAUUUAACGGCGAAGGUCGUCCUGGCGCAUCCCACAGACAUCCAUCUUGACGGGUUUGAAGACUUGCGGAGAGGCCAGCGGGUUCUUGUCAAGAUGACUAGUGCACCCGAACACUCGAACGCCAGCGGAUCUACGAAAGCGUCCUCUGUUGCUUACCUGAAUUUACUUUGGUGCAGCAGUCGCUGUGCGCUUGAAGAACUCCGUAUUCCCCUGUCGUCUGGUACUGUGCAACCGUGUGACGAGGUUGCUGUAGCGGGGAAUAAACGAGGCGCUGCAUCAGCUUCUGUUUUAAUGCAGCACGAGAAUCCGCAAGAUGUCAUGUGCAAGCUUCUAGGCAUGCUACAGGACGAAUCUACUGAUUUGUUUAUGAACAGCCGAAUACGCCGCUACCUCAGCGACGCAGGAACACCGCUCUUAUCAGCCUCCAAUGCAUAUCCCCUUGUUCUUCACAUUCCUAUACGCUCCAUUAAUUCUGGAAGGCGCUGGACAUGCGGUAUGCGCUCGUUGAAUUGUGAUAUUGCAUCGCUAAUUUCCUGUUGCACGCUGACGAACUUCUGCAAGCCAGGGAGGAAGAGUAUCAGAAAUGCUGACCAGAAGGCCACUGCUCAUGUCGAAUGUGACGAAGGGAAGGACAUAUGUGAAAGCGUCCCAUCAAGGGUGGAUGGGUCUCUCAAACUUAUUUUCAAGUAA